GAAGGUCCGUAUGUGAUGCUGAAGAAGAACUGGGAGAUGUUUGAGGGGAAUGACCAGUUCGAGGGCUACUGCGUGGACUUGGCCUCAGAGAUCGCCAAACACAUCGGCAUCAAGUACAAGAUUGCCAUCGUCCCUGACGGCAAGUACGGAGCCAGAGACCCCGAGACCAAGAUCUGGAAUGGCAUGGUGGGAGAACUGGUCUAUGGGAAAGCAGAGAUAGCGGUCGCCCCUCUGACUAUAACCCUGGUCCGUGAGGAGGUGAUAGACUUCUCUAAGCCCUUCAUGUCCUUGGGGAUCUCCAUCAUGAUCAAGAAGCCCCAGAAGUCUAAACCUGGAGUGUUCUCCUUCCUGGACCCUCUGGCCUACGAGAUCUGGAUGUGUAUCGUCUUCGCUUACAUAGGAGUCAGUGUGGUGCUGUUUCUGGUGAGUCGUUUCAGUCCGUAUGAGUGGCAUGCAGAGGAGCCAGAGGAAGGCUCUACUGAGCCAGGCCCCACUGACCAGCCACCCAAUGAGUUCGGCAUCUUCAAUUCACUCUGGUUCUCACUGGGGGCCUUCAUGCAGCAGGGCUGCGACAUCUCACCACGGUGA